CCUCCUCUUCUUUUCUAGUCUGUGAUUUCCAGGAAUCGCUGUUGUGCUGUCAUAGAGAGAUGUGAGAUGCCAAGCAGCAACACCUUUGUGUAUUGUGUAUAAUACAUUUGUUACCUCAGCAGUCCAAGACGGGCAAUAAUCAGAUUCUACAGCGGAACUUGCUGGACUUUUUUCAUCUAUUCUCAUCUGACCACAAGACAAGAUGCCGGCAACAUGCAGCAAAGACUCUGGUCCCACAACAGAUUCCACCAACAUGAGGAUAGUUCUGCUGGGUACGCCUGGAGCAGGGAAGAGUGCAACAGGAAACGCCAUCCUGGGGAGAGAGGUGUUUAGAGAGGAGACUGGAGCAGGGAAGAGUGUGUUGGGGAAAAGAGAGGUGGAGGGGAGGAGCAUCACUGUGAUUGACACUCCUGGUAUUUACAGCACAACACUGACUGAAGAACAACUGAAUGAGGAAAUGAGAAGGUGCAUCUCUCUCACUUCUCCGGGCCCCCAUGUGUUCCUUCUGGUUAUCAGGCUGGAGAGAUUCACACAGGAAGACAGGAAUACUUUGUCAUGGAUCCAGGAAAACUUUGGAGAGGAGGCCUUGAGUUACACCAUGGUGUUAUUCACCGGAAGAGAAAAACUAACCAGGAUGCAAUGGGAGGACUUUGAGAGGACUGAAACAACCAAACAACCAAUCAGUGUGUGUGGGGGAGGGCAUAUUGUCCUCAACAGUAAGCCAGAGGUCCACACCACUCAGGUCACAGAGCUGCUGAGGAAGAUAGAAGAGAUGGUGGAGAGGAAUGGAGGAGGUCACUACCUAGAGGAGAGGUGCCAGGAGGCUCAGAGAAAGAUCAGAGAGGAGCAGGAGAGGGAGAAGAGAAAGGAGGAGAUAAAUGAGAGGAAGGGGAAAUUAGAGAGGAGAGAAGAAGAGGUGAGGAGGAUGGAGGAGGAGUUGAGGAAGUCACUGGAGGGGGUAAAGAGGAUAGAAGAAGAUUUGAAGGAGAGACAGAAAGAGUUACAAGAAAAGAGAGAGGAGUUUAAGAAAGUGGAGAAGAGAACAAGACAAGAGGAGGAGGAUAAAUUGAUAGAAAAGGAGCAGCAGAAGAGAGAAGAGAAUCUUCAAAAGGUAAAGGAAGAGGCAAGGAAGCAAGAGAACAAAGUAAAGGAAAUAGAGGAAGACUUGAAGCUAGCACAGGAACAUGUGAGGAAGAUGGCAGGAGAGGUGAAUAAGAUAGAGGAAGUGAUGAAGAGAGACGAGCAGAGGAGGAGUGAGCAGUCGGACCGGUCGCCUCUGCUGAGGCGCAGAAGCCUUACGAAUCGGCUGAGGCGUGAGAGCCUGAUGAGCCGGCUGAGACCUUCCCGGUCGAGACAUGGGAACCUGUUCACGAAGAAGAAAUCAGCUGAUGCAGGGGGCGUGGACCUGCGGAUGAAAUCCUAUUGGACCGUCUCUUGA